UAUAGUGCCAGGGAUUAGAAAACAAAGACUGCAGCUUUCCCUGGCCACUGUGCAAUUGUGACACCGACGCCUCCAGACAAGUCCAAGAGACUGCUGCUGUCCAUCAAGUUCGUGCUGCAAUUUAGUGAGUGUCACCGCUCUGUGGAACAAGGGGCAUCAAACGGAGAACACAGGAGUGUGGUUAGGAUCUACUAAGCCUCAAGAGCCCCUGGGACGUGAACAUCUCUGAUAGAGCGAGAUCCCAAGAGAAUUACGUACAAAGAAGCAGGUACAUGCCCUGAGCUGUAUCACUGUAUUGUGGGACAACUACAAGAUCAGGAGUGGCAGCCAAACCCAAUAUGACAAGGAGCCCAUGAACAGGCGAGAGAGAAGACGUACUAUACUAUAUAUCACAGCAGGUGACAUCUACUACAACGUCGCCUCUACAACCAUCUAGAGCACAGCAGCAACUCAAACUGAAUCAUUUCCUCACAAAGUACUGUGGGAACCUCACCGGAGAACAUGACGGAAAUCACAGAAAUCGACCCACAGAAUUCAGAGCCAAGGCCACCGGUGACCAGCACCAGCGGAGGGUGUGGACUGCCAGAGAGCAAGCUCCAGAGAUUUCGCCGUUCAAUCUCCUUAAAGACUAUCCUUCGAAGUAAGAGUGUUGAGAACUUCUUUCAGAAGCCAAACAGUGAAAUGAAGAUACCUUCAGAUGUUCUUCUCAGUCCACCGGUGCCCCCACCGCCUCCUUCACCUCCACCUGUCCCAACUGAGCCCCCGCCACAAGCUGACCAGUCCCCUCACCAACAUCACAAGCCCUUAUCCCUUUUGCAGCCAGUCCGUACACACAGCUUCAAUGACCACGUCUUCAAGAAGCAGUGUCCCUGUCACAUGUGCCACCAGAUCAUUGUUGGUAACUCCAAGCAGGGAUUACGCUGUAAGAUGUGUAAGAUCGGAGUCCAUCUGUGGUGCUCAGAGGAGGUGUCACACCAGCAAUGUCUGGGAAAGACGUCUACAUCUUUUCGACGGAAUUUCAGUUCUCCUCUCCUAAUCCAUGAGCCUCUUUCAAGCCCCAAGGAAUCCCCAGUACCUGCAGCUCCGAGAGGUAAAGUCGAUCCUGUGUACGAGACACUGCGCUUUGGAACCUCUCUAGCACAUUUAAACCGUUCGACAUGUAGCAGCGUGUCUGAGUCCCCCACCCGCAGCCUGAGUGAAAAGGAAGAGAGGACAGAUGAUCCAGAGGGUAGCAUCCAAAGCAGCGAGGAGAGUCCAAGUCACCCAGUGUUCCCAUUAGAUGAGGCCACCAGUGAAGAUGCCCGCAGUGUGACGAGUACAGUGUCAGGCGGCAGGACAAGGAAAGAAAUAUCUCCUAUGUACUGCUAUGUGGCUCUAUUUAAAUUCCUGCCUCAGGAGAUCAAUGAUCUACCCCUCCAGCCCGGUGACAGAGUUAUGGUGAUAGAUGACUCAAACGAGGAUUGGUGGAAGGGAAAAUGUUGCGACAGAACUGGCUUUUUUCCUGCAAAUUUUGUGCAGCGGGUACGGCUAGGAGAAACUGUGUGGAGGAGCACAAAGACAUUUCAUGGUGUGAAAGAACAGGGACAACUAAGUUUGAAAGAAGGACAGAUCUGUGUGGGCAUUGGAAAAGCAGAAGCUGAAGGUCUCAUUAAAGUGUCAAGCGGAAAAAAGAGAGGCCUGGUGCCUCAAGACUGUCUUGUGGAAGUUUGAGGGCCUCUACCGGCGUAGGCACCGAUACAUGCUACUCCUUGAGAGUAACUGAGCUACAAAACGAACCGAGAUCAUGUGCAAAAGCAAUAAGGCAUUCAGGAGGGUUUGAUGCUACUGAGUGGCAUGGUAACAUUGAGAUGAUCCCAAGUCCACCUAGGAACCCUGGCAGUGACAUCUUAUUGCAGAACCUAUAAAUGCUGCAUUAAGCCUCUUCCGCUUUGUAUAUAUAACUUUGAGUAUAUCAAUGCGUAUUUUGCAAUAUGUCCACCAGGUGUCUGUGACAUCAUCACUCAGGGCCAUCCUCUUAGUGACCUCAUAUUAUGGUUGGGAUGUCAUCAGCAUCAACCUUUAGUUUACCUAACUUUGCAAGUUUGCUGCAGGAGACUCUCCCUCCCAGCACAAAGCAUUUGAGGAGUAGGGUAAUUGUCACAGCCACCUUCAGUCACAUCUCCCCUUUCUUUAGAACUAAGAGGUUGUAAAUACAUCAAAAUGUAUAUACCUCUUUAACAGAAGUGUCACAAGUGUGUGCGAAUGAGAGCUCAUAGAGUGCGCAUUCAGCAGGAUUAUUGCAAAGCGCUCUUAAUGACAUGCCGUGUGCAUUUUUAAUGGAAGAGAUAUGAAAUAUUCAUUUUACAUGUCUCUCAGUAAACCUGUGAUCUAAUAUGUUUGGGAAAAAACAAGCAAAGUUCAACUAUGUAAGGAAAGCAUAGGGUGCCAUUUACAAUAAGAGGAGAUGACGGCUGAGCUAGAAGAAGAGACUGCACCCAAAUUAUUUGUAGAUGCAGAACUUAAAGACUAUAGCAUGCAUGUGUUUAUUAGGAGAGAGUUGUAUAGAAAAAGAGAAAAGAGAUAGCUUUCAUGCAUACCGUGAGGAAAUAAUAGUACAGCAUCCCAUUUAAGAAAUCAAAAUAGAGAUUUCUCAAGAUUAGAAGGUUCUAACCUCCAAUGGAGGGAGGGCAGUUAGAAUAGCAUGCAACCACAAUUUUAGGUGUAGUUUUCUAGAGAGAAGUUAUAGGCAUUACUAAGGGGUGCUUAUCUAGAGAAUCAACAAUGCAAGCAAUUUAAUGUAUGAGCAAGCAGGCCAUGAGGAAGCAAGGCUGGGCUUGAAUAGAAACAAUAGAACAGUGUCUGCAGAGAGCUCAGUGCCAGAGAUAGAACUGUGCCCACCAGCACCCAUUCUGUCUCCAUUGCUCAUCCUCUCAUUAUAUCUGUAUAUACGAUAUAUAAAUGUGUGUGUACGUCCACCCCCACAUCCAGCCUCCAGGCUAUUCAGUGUCCUCUGCUCUGCCUGUACCAUAUCUGUCCCAGGCAGAUUUAAAUAUCACAAGACCCUCUGGCAGCUCCAGCACUUCUCUCAUUACCCUUUCAGUGCUGAUCAGGGGAUCAAGUACCAGUGUAAAUAUAUAGAUAUAUAUACAUAUAUAUAUAAAUGAGUGUUAAUAUAUCGUUGUCAUUAAGGUGUCCGAAAAAUAAAAUCCCAUCAGUGAUGUACCAGCCCUAUAGCCAAGAGGCUCCUUUUCAUCUUUUUCUUUAUUUUGCAUUGUUGCUGUGUCAGCUUUAAGAUCCAAUGAAUAAUUCAUUUUUUUCCAUGGCUGUAUCAGUCACCUUCAAAGCUUCCUCCCAUUCUCUUUCCACCUUUUAAGUUGUAGUUUAUAUCCAGUUCUGUCCUUCAGCCAUUCUC